AUGCACCGGAUGUUCGAUGUGCCCGAGCUCUUGCAGUUCGUCAUAGAAUGUCUAGUGGAACCCGGAUAUCAGCACCCUUGUAUAUUUGUAUGCAAGUAUUGGGCGGAGAUUGUGCUCGACAUCCUUUGGGAGGAAGUCGAAGACCUAGAACCGUUAUUCCGCAUUAUGGGACCCCUUACAGAGGGGUCCAACAACGGUACUCUUCAAUACCUCCCUGGGCCCGACGAUUGGGAGCGGUUCCGCUAUUACACGUCCAGGAUACGCUCCGUCAUCUACUAUCCGAAAUUCAGACAAAAUAGAUAUGCUCGCAAGCUAUUUCCAAUGCUUGCAAUGACGAAUGAUCAAGGGGCGCUCUUCCCCAACCUCCGUCGCCUGGAAUGGGCUGCGGAAGACCUGGAGACACUUGCGACCUUGACGUAUUUCAUGCAUGACAAAGUCGAAUCUCUGCUGAUCACCUUCUCUGAUGAUCUGGCUGCGGACCCUGCGCACUCUCUGUCAUCCUUUGUCUUCCACACUAUCAAAAGAGCGCCAUAUCUAGGAUACCUGGAUAUAUCGGGGGACGAGUGGAUUGGACCGCAGAUCCUUCAUCUCCUUCGUGGUCUAAAGAAACUCGAAGAGGUCACCAUCCCUUGCUUCUGCGCCACAUCUGAGGUGCUACAGGAGCUAUCAUCCAGGGUGAUGCUCAAAACUAUUACAUUUUCGGGUGAUGGCGACAUGGAUAUGCGCCUCUAUCCCAACCUCACAGCCGCCGCUUUCCCCAGCCUCGAGACCCUGAUUUUGAGAUUACACAUGUCAGACCUCAUCCAUAUGUUCAAGUCAGAUGUCCACUUCGAGCGACUCACGAUGCUCUGCCUGAAUGAGGCUGCAUACUCGAGGACAGGCAUCAUCCAGGAUCUCCUGGGACUCAUCGCGACAAAAUGCCCUGUUCUUAAAACCCUCUAUCUCGACACAGACUACCAAGCCCCGGAAAAUCAGGCAGACGAAGCUAUCCCAGUGUCUCUCGAUGACCUCAAACCUUUGAUGCAGUGUAGACUGCUGGAAAGUUUUACAUUACGCCACGACCGUGCGUUGGGUCUCACAGACGGCGAUGUGGAAGUGUUGGCAAGAGCCUUGCCUGGAUUGAUUCGUAUAAACUUGAACGCGGACCCGCCGGAAGAGCAACGGCCAGCAAUGACUUUGCAGUCAUUGGUGACCUUUGUGAGCCAUUGCCCGAGACUUGGAGAACUCGGACUGUAUAUGGACGGAACUUCUGCUGGCGACGUGGUCAUCCCGGAACAUGGCCUGCCGUUCUAUCAUCUGGAAGGAAUAUCCGUCGGGGCAUCACAUAUCUCCGAUCCUCCACAGGUAGCUGCAUUGUUGGCUCGAAUCAUCCAUCCUGGAUGCGUAUUGAGAAAAAGCUGGCAAUCUACCACGACUAGACGUCCGAUGCUCGACAAAUGGGCAGAAGUCCGUAACCUGCUGCCCACGAUGUUGCGAUUGGUUCAUGACGUGAGGAGCGAGAGAUAG